UCGAAAAGUUUAUCUUCUACAUUUUUCGAACUCUGUUCCGUAUUUUCGCCCUCGCCUUUUAAGAGGCAAUUAUCUAUAAGAUCAUAUUAAUAUGUUAAUUGAAAUUCAUUUGCGUUUAUAUUGGUUUGUUUACACAUCUAGUAGUCAACGUAACAACGCAUGCAAAUUGAGUAAUAUUUAAGAGAUCAAAUAUAUUGAUAAUUGUUUUUACCUAAUAUUUCUUCGGACAUAGUUUUAAUUAAUCAUGAAAAUAAGGCACUGUUUGUUUACAGGACGAUAUGAUUGUAUUGUUUGUCAGAACUACAUCUAUCGAUAGAUCUACAGUUGUUGGAAACGAGAAUCGAAAGAGGAACAACCAAUCAGGGUCGUUGACGUUGCAGUUCAAAUAUUUUACGGAUAUGUUUAGUAUCGUAGGCGACAGAAUUAAUUUAAAAUGUGCUUUUAAAUCUUUAAAAGAACAUUACUUUAUUAUUUAAUUAUAUAUUAUGAUUUUCUCUUUUAAAUUAGAAGUUAUUAGAAGAUACUGUACAGUAGUUUUAAAACUUUGAUAAAACAGCGAACGAGCGUAUUUCGUUGCCCGAUUGAAACGUUGCAAAAGCUGUGAUUUUCAUAUAUUCAUUUUAGUUUAGUUCCUGUAAAAAUUUAAACAAAGCGAAUUCGCGAUUAAAAGGUCGCAUGUAACAAUGGAGGUAUAUACUUUUGACAAGAGUCUUCAAGAAAGACUGGUUGAAUUAACAGAGAUAUUAUCCAGCAGAGGUGAAGUCGUACCUGCUUCUCAAAUUCAAGCAGAAUGGUCUUAUCAUGUGGAGCUUGUAAUAGAGCCCGUUGGUUGGCAAGCGUUAUGGAAAAUACCACGCUUAGUAUGUGAAGAUUUUCAGAUCCAUUAUCCCACUAUAGUGGUGGUAGAAAUAGAACAAGUUGAAUUUGCUGAUCUAUCAGCACUAGUUAAAAUCACUGCUGUUCAAGAUGAAAUUCAUUUGCCAGAAAAGUAUGAUGUACCGCUUAUAGAACUUUAUCCGACUCAUAAUCAAGAGAAUAAUGCAUUAGACAUGGUGGGGACUGCCAGUUGCAUUGAUCAAUUAAGAUUUUUUUAUAAUUACUUAUGGAUGCCUUGGGAUAUAGACGAUGAUGAUAACACUGAUUGGGUGUCUGUACAUUUAGAGACUAGAAUUAGGUUGUUCUUUGACAUGAAGAGGGGUGUUGUUAGUAAAGACACCAGUGAUGUUAUAAGAAGCUUGAUAAGAGAAGGUAGAGAAGUUCAACAAAAGAUAUCAAGAUUAGAGGACACCAUCAGUGAAGAAGAGGACACUCAUGAAGUGGUUGAUGGGGGAACAGCGUGUCAAUUGAUGAAACUUCAUUUUAGACUACAACAAAUUAAAAGAGAAAUGGAGGUUCUUGAAAAUCCUGCCAUGAGAGAGAUUCUUGUCAAAAAUCGAACAACGUCUUUGAUCAAUGAGAAGUCACAGAGAAAAGACAGUAAGGAAAAGGGUACAGAAGGAUACUUUGUGUGGCUUGGUGGUACUUUAGAAGAAAUGAAAGAAGCUAUAACUAGAGUGCAAGCUGGUUUGCCCUCUGGGUUACAUUUUAAAAUAUCUGGUUCUUUGCAAGAGACUGUACAAGUCUGUGAUGCGGGGGACAUAAUUGUAAUUGGAGAAGGUACUCAUUACAUAAAAAGUGCUGGAAAUUUAGAAGAAGGAGGUACAAUUAAGAGUGUUUGUAAUGCAGAGCAGACUAUUCUUUCUGUAAAAGAUACUGAAACUGCACCAUCUUUGCUUGACUUUUCUGGCAAUGAAGUUCUAUUAGAAGGUAUUACAAUAGAUGCAGGAGACCUUAGAGCUGUUGUGAUAGUCAGAGCUGGAAUUACAAAAAUCCUUAAUUGUGUAAUAUGUGCGUCAAAUCAAAGUAUAGUUAAAUUAGGUGUUGUUGUGUUGCCAAAUGCGAAACUGAUCAUAGAAGAUACUGUUUUCGACGGCCUCGGAACAGCCGUAGUUAUUUAUAAUAAAGGAGAAGUGUACAUGAAUAAUUGUAGCUUUAAGAAUUGCGUAGAGGGUGUACAGGUGUGCCAUUUUCCUAUUUUUUUUCUAUAUUUAUUGAAUUACCAGUUUUAUUGUACUUUUGUAUUGUUUAUGCAGCUGUAUGACAGUGCAAAACUGGUAGCAAGCAGUUGCUUCCUAGGACAGUUUAAAGAAUACGCGUUGCGGUUGGAGACACAAAAACAUUUGCAAGGGAUGGAAAGUAAAUGUGGCGGUACAGAAUUGUUAGAGGGUAUAUCUGGAAUUUCACUCAAGGAAUGCAAUUUUGCUGAUAAUGGCAAAGGAAACGUCGUUCUGAAACCAGGGACAGCAUUUGCUUCGAUGAAACAAGACGGGACUGUUAAUACGGAAACUUAAAGUAAUUCUGAGUUACAUAAACUUUAGUAAUUUUAUACUUUUAAUAUU